UUGAGUUAAUCUGUGGGAAGUAAUAUUAUUAAAAGCUUUGAAAAUCUAAGGCUCCCAGUAAGUGCCUCUCUUCCUUCUGCAAAUCGAGUCUCUAUCUUUUCACUCAAACUAAAAAAUGUAUAGAUCUCUUUGAUCCAUUCCAGUUGUUGAUAUUACUUGUACGGCUUACUAAAAAUAGCAUACAAGUUUUUAUUUAGAUAAACGGAAAAGCAUAAAAUGGGAGCAUACAGAGCUGAUGAUGACUACGAUUACUUGUUCAAGGUGGUGUUGAUUGGCGACUCUGGAGUUGGUAAAUCCAAUCUCUUGUCUCGAUUCACUAAAAAUGAAUUCAGUCUAGAAUCCAAAUCCACCAUCGGCGUCGAAUUCGCCACUCGCAGUAUUCGCGUCGAUGACAAGGUCGUCAAGGCCCAGAUUUGGGAUACUGCGGGCCAAGAACGGUACCGUGCAAUCACUAGUGCAUAUUACAGAGGAGCAGUAGGCGCACUGCUUGUUUACGAUGUUACACGACAUGUCACAUUUGAGAAUGUGGAGAGAUGGUUAAAGGAGCUUAGAGAUCACACCGAUUCCAACAUUGUGAUCAUGCUUGUGGGAAACAAGGCAGAUUUACGUCAUUUGCAUGCAGUCUCCACCGAGGAUGCUCAGUCGUUUGCUGAGAGAGAAAAUACCUUUUUCAUGGAAACCUCUGCCCUAGAGUCACUAAACGUUGAAAAUGCCUUCACUGAGGUACUCACUCAGAUAUAUCAUGUUGUCAGCCGGAAGGCUCUUGAUGCUGGCGAUGACCCAGCAACCUUGCCCAAGGGACAAACUAUCAAUGUUGGCACUAAAGAUGAUGUAUCUGCAGUGAAAAAGGCUGGCUGCUGCACCGCAUAAUCUGCAGCAACGAAGAAAGUCGUGUUGGUAAAAAACCAGUUUAUCCUCUUUCUCAAAUUUACAUUUCCAUGGUUUGGAGACAUCUUUGUUUUCAUGUGUCAGGACAAGAUCACAUGGAGUAGUGCAGGAACAAAUUGUAGUAUUGUGGUACAUCAUGGAUUGAAAGACUCAAAAAUCUUGUGAGUCUAACUGAAAUCAUGAGCGGUUUGGUGCAAGCUCUUUCUGUUUUUUUCUUUAUGUAUUGUUUGUUUUGUCUCCAAGUAUUAUAAUAGUUUGUAGUCAGUAUCCAUUCUAUAGAUUAGUUUAAAUCUUAUUGCAAGGGAUUGAAAUUUGGAAAGUAUGUUAAGAUCAUUCUGUUCUCCAACUAUGAUUGAUUGAUUAUUUGGUAAUGAAAUUUAUAUCUCACUUAAUUCA